AUCGGGGUGGAUCCCCUCGGUGAUCCAGUGGAUCUCUCCCAGCAGCGAGGAGUGGCUCCAGGCCAUCCAGGCCGUGACCUCCCGGCUGAAGAGCCGCGCGCCGGCCCCGGAGCCGCCGGAGCUGCCGGGAUCCCCCGGGGAGGGCGAGGACGGAGAGGCCGCCGGGAAACCCCGCAGCAAGGCCAGCAUGGAGGACUUUGAUUACCUGAAGCUGCUGGGCAAAGGCACCUUCGGGAAGGUGAUCCUGGUGCGCGAGAAGAGCUCGGGCCAGCACUACGCCAUGAAGAUCCUGCGCAAGGAGGUCGUCAUCGCCAAGGACGAGGUGGCGCACACGGUGACCGAGAGCCGCGUCCUGCAGAGCAGCCGCCACCCCUUCCUGACCGCUCUCAAGUACGCCUUCCAGACCAGCGACCGCCUCUGCUUUGUGCUGGAGUACGCCAACGGCGGCGAGCGUGUUUUACACCUGUCGGAGGCGGGAUGAUACAGGGUGUGCCCAGAGCCCCGGCGCGGCGUUUUCUACGGCGCCGAGAUCGUCUCGGCCCUGGAGUACCUGCACUCGCGGGAUGUCGUCUAUCGCGACAUCAAGCUGGAGAAUCUGAUGCUGGACAAGGACGGGCACAUCAAGAUCACGGAUUUCGGGCUCUGCAAGGAGGGCGUCACCGACGGCACCACCAUGAGAACCUUCUGCGGCACCCCCGAGUACCUGGCGCCCGAGGUGGGGCUGGGAAUUCCCAGAAUUCCAGGAAAAAUCCCAAAAUUCCCAAAAAAAAUCCCAAAAUCCCCGAAAAUUCCCCCAAAAUCCCCGAGAAUUCCCCCAAAAUCCCCAGAGAAUUCCCCCCAAAUCCUGCCAGGACCUUCUGCGGCACCCCCGAGUACCUGGCGCCCGAGGUGGGGAUGGGAAUUCCCAGAAUUCCGGGAAAAAUCCUCAGAAUUCCUGAAAAAACCCCAAAAUUCCUGAAAA